AUGGGUCUAUUGUUGCUGAAGGGAAUUCUUUUAAUGAUAUCAGAUGCAGGUUUGUGUAAAACAGUUUUUAAAACCUCUUCAACGGCUGGCAAAAUUAACUUCUCUCCGAUAGUAUGCGGUUUUCCGGAUUUAUAUAUAGCUAUAAGUAACGAGAUAUUGUAAGACGCCCGCAAACCAUCAUCAUUUCUUUGUGACGUCGAAGCGAACAUUCUGUCCAGUGUAG